AUGAUUAUGUUUUUAGUACUUUUUUACAAAGAUAUUGACAAAAGUUGUUAUUCAAGUGACGGAAAAAUCCUUACAAAAGUUAACGAUACAUCACCUAAUCUCAGAAUAUCAUCCGCAUGUGAGAUCAUCCAAGAUAAAUGCUUUUACCAACUCAAAACUUUAACUUCCUUUUCAUUUCAAGAAAAUCCUAACUUAACAACAAUUGGAUUUCAAAGUUUUGAAAGCUGUUCAAAACUUGCCACUAUAAAUCUCUUAUUCUGCACUAAACUUACACAAAUAUCUAAUUAUGCAUUUAAUGGCUGCUUUCUAGUCACCCAGAUACUUUUACCAGAAGGACUCCUUGAAAUAAGAGACUAUGCAUUUUUUUGUAAUGUUCAACUGACCAGUAUUAUCAUUCCAGCUUCUGUUAAAAUAAUAGGUAAAUGUGCAUUUAAUUGGUGUUAUGAUCUACAAAAAGUUACUUUUAAGGAAGGAUCAAAUUUAACUUCAUUAGAAUGGAAUGCAUUUACUGAUACUGCAAUUAUUUCGUUUCAAAUUCCAGAAAAAGUUUCUAAAGUUGAUGGAAUAGCAUUUUCAGAUAAAAAAAUAAUAAAAUUUACAGUUCAUCCUAAUAAUAACUACUUAAUAGUUAAAGACUAUGCCAUUUAUUCAAAAAAUGAAAGUAUUUUGUUUUUUAUUUGUAACAAACCAGGAUAUGAAAUUCCAAAUUCAGUAACAACUAUUGGAGCGCAUUGCUUUUAUGAAUCAUCUAUCAAAACAAUUACAAUCCCAGCAAAUGUGAAAAGGAUUGAAAAUGCUGCUUUCUAUGAUUGCACUAGUUUGAUAAAUGUUACUUUUUUAGGUCCAUUAGAUUACAUUGGCGAUGAUGUAUUUGGUUCAUCUUAUAACCUUAAACUAAUUAUAUUCCCUAAUUCACCAAUGAGUGUUACAGGUUCUAAUUUUGUUUCAACACCUAUGUACUCGGUCAAAUUGUUAUUCACUUACAAAACUCUUUUUAAUUCUGAUUCAUUUGUAAUCCUAUUCUCCCGUGAUUCAAUUCAAAGGAAUACAAAAGUUUCAAUUUCAUAUCUUAAUGAACCAGAUCUUAUUAUUACACCAAGUUGUUUGAUUAUGGAUUCUUGGCAAACCAUGAUUUAUGAAUAUUGGGCAUAUAAUUCAUAUCGUAUUACAAUUCCUAAAUCUGUUACAAAAAUCAAAGUAAAAGCAUUUGAAAAUUCUACAAUUACAAAUAUUUAUUUCACAGAAGAUUCUCAAAUCGCUUAUAUAGAAAAUGAUGCAUUUAGAAAUUGUUCAAAAAUAAGAUCAUUUAAUUAUUCGUUUCCACAUUUACGAACUUUAGGAAUGUCAUCAUUUAAAGAUUGCAUUAAUUUAGAAUCUGUUACAUUUUCAUCACCAAAUUUGAAUGUUAUGAGUAACGCAUUUGAGAAUUGCAUUAGAUUAAAGAAAGUUAUUAAUAUUACAAAUAUUCCAGAUAAUUGUUUUUGUGGAUGUACUAAUUUAGAAGAAGUUAUAAUUCGAGAAGGAUCAAAAUCGAUUGGAAUUAAAUCAUUUGAGAGUUGUUCUUCAUUAAAAAGUAUUAAUAUUCCACGAUCUAUUCAAUAUAUUUUAGACUAUUCAUUUCUUUAUUGUGAGAAACUAAAAUCAAUUAUAUUCAAUGAAACAAAUUUACUUGAUACUUUUUCAAUUAAUUCUAUUUCAGAAUGCAAAUCUCUUACAAAUAUCAGUAAUUUUUCAUCAGAUAAAUACAGAUGUAUUGAUAAUACUUUAUACUACAAAAACAAUACUAAAUGGGAACUUAUUUUUCAUUUGAGUGAAUCAAAAGACAAAGAACUCAACAUUAACUGCAGUGUUAUCUGUAGUUAUUCAUUCAAUUCGAGUAACAACAUUGAGAAAAUCAAUAUUGAAUCAGAUAGUGUUUCUGUUAUUGAAGAUCAUUCAUUCAACAAAUGUCUUAAUCUCAAAUACAUCAAUUUCCCACUUUCAGUUUCAGAUGUUGAGAUUGAUGCAUUCCAUGAGUGCAAAUCCAUUCGAUGUCCUCUUAUUAUUGAGAACACAUCCACUGAAUAUAUUCAAAUGAUUGUUUCUUCAGGAAUUCCUAAAACUCUUAUGGUAUCAUGUCACAUUCAUCAUGUUUCCAAAAAUCUUUUAAGUCUCAAAUCUUUACGUUAUCCUUCUACACAUCUUUUCUGGGAAUAUCUUACUAAAUAA